AUGCUCGGAGCAGCUCAUUCCCGCCGAAGGAGCUCGUCGACAUCCACGAAACGCGCAGUCAUCAUUGUGGCUUCCCUCGAGGAUAGCCUGAUGGGCGCAAGCUUGCAGUAUUCAGGCACGUCGUAUAUUGCCAGGGACGCCAUGUUGAGGGCGCGCUUGGAAGCGCGACUACGCAAACCCGAAGCAGAAUGUGUCAUCUGCUAA